CUACUUUCUAAGCAAAUAUUAGGUUAUGUUCGUAUAAAUACAAAUAUUAAAAAUGAAACUGCUCUCAAAGUCUGUAAACUUAAAUUCCAAUCGUGGUUUAAGUUACAACAAGAUGAAAAACUGGUACGGGAAUCUGGUGAAGCCCAGAACGAUACCACCACCUUACAAGCACAUCACACAAAUAGGAGAUCCAACACUUCGGUUGAAAGCCCAACCAGUGGAUGUGGACACAAUUAAAUCAGUGAAAGUACAGAAAAUCAUCAAACAAAUGAGAGAUGUCUUUGAGAAGUACAACUCAGUUGGAUUGGCUGCACCACAGAUUGGUGUUCCAUUGAGGAUCAUUGCCAUUGGAUUUUCUAAUGGUGUUAUGAAACAGUGGAGUGCAGAAGAAAUUCAAGCUCGAGACAUGACUUUGCUUCCCUUUACAAUUGUUAUUAAUCCUGAGGUGAAAAUUACUGAUUACAACAAAUUGGUUUUUCCUGAAUCCUGUGAGAGUGUCAAGGGUUAUUGGGCUGAUGUUCCUAGGUUCAAAGCUGUAAAUUUAAAUGGUUUCAAUCAGAAUGGUGAAGCUUUAAAUUUAGAGACCAAAGGUUGGUUGUCCAGGAUUAUUCAACAUGAGAUGGAUCAUCUCAAUGGUACUCUGUAUACUGAUAUUAUGAACAGGAAAAGUUUGACCUGUGGUGGCUGGGAAAUUAUCAAUGAGAGGAAUGGAAGUGUUAACUUACCCUACAAACCAAGCUAAUACUAAUUGCCUCUUAUAUUUUCAUGUAAUAUUUAUUGCAUUUGUACAUAUAUAUAUUAUU